AUGGAGGGCAUCCUGGAGGAUAACCCAUCGAGCCAGGACGACUCCCAACCGCGUCGUCCGACCUCAGAACACCAUGAAACCACAAACCAAGCAAAAAUAGCAAGCACCAUCCACCACGCAAACGAACACGUCACGACGGACCCACAACAUCCUGAGAAAGCCAGGGACAAAGCGGCACAAAUCAUCCAGGAUCUCUGUCUCCGAGUCCAAGAACUUGAAGGCAAACUAACUAACAGAGAAAAACACAAUAACGAGUAUGGAAGCCAGGCAACUUCCAGGUCAAAAUCCCACCGCGGCAGGUCGCCAAUCCGGCAACACAAUAUGAGAGAUGAUCGCAGCACCUCACGCAACCGCCGACGCGAGAAAUCGCCCGAACGACGAUACAACAAAAAACACCAUCGCAGCGCUUCUCGGGAUCUAAGUCGUCAACACGAUUCAGACGAAGACCGGAGAUACCGAAGCACCAAACGCACGAGAAGCGACCACACCAUAAUGGGAGCCACACCCUUCACAGAAGGAAUCUUAAGAGCAAAACUCCCUAGAGGGUUCGACAAACCCACCGACAUGAAGUACGACGGAACUAAAGACCCUCAGGAGCACCUAACGGCCUUCGAGGCCAGAAUGAACUUAGAAGGAGCAUCCGACGUAGUCCGAUGCAGAGCCUUCCCAGUAACCCUUGCCGGACCAGCGAUCAAAUGGUUCAAUGCCCUCCCCAACGGAUCCAUAACCAGCUUCCACGACAUCACAAGAAAAUUCAUGGCCCAGUUCACAACCCGAAUCACGAAGGCCAAACACCCCAUCAGCCUGUUAGGGAUCACACAGAAGCAAGAAGAAUCCACGAGAAAAUACCUUGACCGCUUCAACGACGAAUGCCUGACGGUCGACGGACUCACGGACUCCGUUGCCAGCCUCUGCCUAACUAACGGGCUCAUGAAUGAAGACUUUCGCAAACAUCUCACCACCAAACCAGUAUGGACUAUGCACGAAAUCCAGAACGUCGCCAAAGAUUACAUCAACGACGAGGAAGUCAGCCAGGUCGUCGCUGCCAACAAACGGCAGCACGUCACCACCCAACACGGCAACCCGACGCCCCGUCAUAACGCACCACCCAAAGAGAACCAACGAGACCACCUCAGACCGACCUCCCGACCACCAAGAAUAGGAAAAUUCUCCAAUUACACCCCCCUAACAGCACCAAUUACUGAGGUAUACCACCAAAUAGCAGAUCGAGGCAUCAUCCCCAGGGCUCGACCACUCAAGGAAAGGACAGGAGGAAACAAAGCCCUCUACUGCGACUAUCACCGCGGAUACGGCCACAAAACACAAGAUUGUUACGAUCUUAAAGACGCUCUUGAGCAAGCCAUACGAGACGGCAAACUCCCAGAGUUCGUCAAAAUCAUCAGAGAACCAAGGCGCGCCGACAGAGACAAAUCACCAGAAAGAGAAGGACGCAACCCGAGAACUCAAAAACCACCCCCCAGGGAAAACCCCGACGAAGAUCCGACCAUCAUAGUGAACGUCAUCACGGGCAAGGACGUGUCGAAUAAGUCAAAACUAACAAUGAAAAAAGACCUCAAGAUAAUGGCCGUCAAGCACCACGACCCAGUCAACAUUACCGACAACACGAUAACUUUCUUACCCGAGGACUGCCAACACGGCACCUCGGCCGAAGACGCCCCCUUCGUCAUAUCAGCCCGAAUCGGAACAGGACUAGUGAGAAGAAUACUGGUGGACACCGGUGCCGACUCCAACAUCCUCUUCCGAGGAGCCUUCGACAAACUCGGGCUCCGCAACGACAACCUCCAAACGCACCGCCACGGCGUCACGGGCCUCGGAGACAACUUCCUCAAACCAGACGGCUCAGUUACUCUUCCGAUCACCAUAGGAACAAGCAAUCAGAGAAAGACGAUCUUAUCCGAAUUCGUCGUCCUAAAAGACUCCACAGCCUAUAACGUCAUUCUCGGGAGGAAAACGAUCAACGACUUCUCGGCAGUCAUCUUUACCAAAUACCUCCUCAUGAAAUUUAGGGCCGACGACGGCACCAUCGGAACCAUUCACGGAGACCGAGAAGUCGCAGCCGAAUGCGACAACAAUAGCUUAGCCCUAAGAAAAAAAUCCCGGGACGCAGCCGGAAUAUUCCUCGCCGACCUAGACGCACGGUUAGACGGCCAACCUAGACCGGAACCAGAAGGAGACAUGGAAAAGCUACAAAUAGGGCCAACCAAAGAAGAAUACACGUUCAUCAACAGAAACCUCCCAUACGACCUCAAAGAAGAACUCUCCCGACUUUUGAAACAAAACAGAGACCUAUUCGCAUUUACACCAGCCGAUAUGCCGGGAAUAAGCCCCAACCUGAUGUCCCACCAUCUGGCAGUAGACCCCCUAGCCAAACUCAUGGCGCAAAGAAGACGGAAAAUGUCACCAGACCGAGCCGCCGAGGUCCGAAAACAAGUGAAAGCCCUGCUUGAAGCCAACUUUAUCCGAGAACUCCCUUACACGACCUGGCUGGCCAACGUCGUACUAGACGCCUUCCCCUUACCAAACAUCGACGGGCUAGUGGACGCAGCAUCCGGCCACCGAUACCUCAGCUUCAUGGACGCAUAUUCCGGCUACAACCAGAUCCCGAUGCACCGACCAGACGAAGAAAAGACAGCAUUUAUCACCCCAGAUGGAACCUACUGCUAUAAAGUAAUGCCCUUCGGCUUGAAAAACGCCGGAGCCACCUACCAGCGACUUGUCAACAAAAUAUUUCGAGGCCUAGCCGGAAACAAAAUUGAAGUCUACAUAGACGAUAUGCUCGCCAAGACGGAAUCCGGUGAGCAACUAACCGACGACCUCAGGGUAAUAAUGAACACCCUACGGGAACACCAAAUGCGACUCAACCCUACAAAGUGUGCCUUCGGAAUGGAAGCAGGAAAAUUCCUCGGCUUCAUGAUCACGCAACGCGGAGUUGAGGCAAACCCAGAAAAAUGCCGUGCCGUCCUUGAGAUGACAAGUCCCAAAAACCUCAAAGAAAUCCAAAAACUCACCGGCCGACUGACCGCACUAUCCCGGUUCCUCGGAGCAUCGGCCCAAAAGGCAACCCCUUUUUUCAAACUUAUGAAAAAAGGAACCCCCUUCAAAUGGGAGAAAGAAUGCGAAGAAGCUUUCCAACACUUCAAAAGGGUCCUAACGGAACCUCCAAUCCUCGCAAAACCUCAAACAGGGGAAACACUAUACCUGUACCUCUCCAUAACGGAAGAAACAAUCGCAGCAGCACUCGUCCGGGAAAACGAGAAAAAGGAACAAAAACCCAUAUACUUCAUAAGCAAGGUCCUACAAGACACAGAAGCCCGCUAUUCGCGAUUAGAAAAACUGGCUUUCGCACUCCUCUCGGCAUCCCGACGACUACGACAAUACUUCCAGGCCCACCCCAUAACGGUCCGAACCGACCAAACGGUCAAACAAGUACUACAAAAACCCGACCUAGCAGGAAGAAUGCUAGCAUGGUCCAUCGAGUUAUCCCAAUUCCAGAUCAGGUUCGAACCCCGAAACGCCAUCAAAGCACAGGCCUUGACCGACUUCAUCGCUGAAAUGACUCCGACCAAACUAACACCCGAACCAUGGAAACUGCACGUCGAUGGCUCAUCAAACUCCACUCACGGAGGCGCCGGAAUUAUACUCGAAAACCAAAACGGGAUCACAAUUGAACAAUCAAUAAGAUACGACUUUCCAGUAUCCAAUAACCAAGCAGAAUACGAGGCCCUCUUGGCAGGCCUAAACCUAGCCCGGGAAGUCGGCGCCAAGGUACUCGAAGUUAACACCGAUUCCCAGGUGGUGUGCUCCCAAAUCAACGGGAGCUACCAAACCCGAGACCCCCUGCUCCAACAAUACCUCAAUAAAGUAAGUGAAUUAAAAGAAGGAUUCGAAAACGUCUCCAUACAGCACGUCCCCAGGGAGCGAAACGCCAGGGCGGACCUACUUUCCAAGCUAGCCAGCACGAAGUCAGGACACGGCAACAGAUCGCUAAUCCAAGAGGUUGUUAAGUCGCCUUCCGUAUCAGCAGAAAUCAAUGCACACCUAACAUCCUCAAACCAGGAGUCUUGGACAUACCCUAUCUUGCAAUAUCUCCGCGACGGAAUCCUACCACCAGAACCGAAAGAGGAGAGGCGAAUAAAAAGAGAAGCCGCCAACUACACAAUCAUAGCGGGACAACUAUACAAACGCGGAUUCUCGCAGCCCCUACUUAAAUGUGUCGAACCCGGGGACACGGAAUACAUACUCCGCGAGAUCCACGAAGGCUGCUGCGGUCACCACAUCGGAGGAAAAACGCUAGCCCAAAAAAUCAUCAGGGCCGGCUAUUUCUGGCCCACGAUCAUUCGAGAUUCCAUACAACUAACAAAAAGCUGCGACAAAUGCCAAAGGCAUGCCAAUAUCCACCAAGCCGCCCCACACCAACUUAGUGUUAUAUCGGCUGAACGGCCAUUCGGCAGUUGGGGAAUCGACCUCGUCGGGCCCUUCCCCACGGCACCCGGCCAACUCAGAUAUCUUAUCGUCGCCAUAGACUACUACACCAAAUGGAUUGAAGCCGAACCCCUGGCCUCCAUCACGGCAACCCAAUGCCGGAAAUUCGUCUGGCGACAGAUCAUUACCCGGUUCGGAAUCCCCGAGGUCAUCAUCUCCGACAACGGAACCCAGUUCACAGACAAAAAAUUCAGAGAACUCCUAGAAGGAUUGCAUAUAUCCCAUCGCUUCAGCUCGGUAGAACAUCCCCAAACAAACGGACAGGUGGAAUCCGCCAACAAAAUUAUCGUUAAAGGACUUAAGAAACGACUUGACGAAGCCAAGGGAUUAUGGGCAGAUGAGUUGGGAUCAGUCCUGUGGUCGUACCGAACAACACCCCAAACGAGCACGGGAGAAACGCCCUUCCGAUUAACAUACGGCGUAGAAGCAGUAAUCCCAGUGGAAAUCGGGGACCCCAGCCCCAGAAAAACGGUUGGAGGUAACGACGAAAAAGCAGAACGAGACCUCGUAGACGAAGAAAGAAGCAUAGCCCACGUCAAAGAAUUAGCACUCAAACAAAGGAUCAGCCUAAGGUACAAUCACGGCGUCAUCCGACGAGAAUUCGCAGACAACGACCUCGUCCUACGACGAAACGAUAUCGGCCUUCCGACCCCAGGAGAAGGAAAGCUCGCCCCCAACUGGGAAGGACCAUACAGAAUCAAGGCCGUAAUUGGAAGAGGAGCGUAUAAACUCGAACGACUAGACGGCAGCGAAAUACCAAGAACUUGGAACGCAGCCAACCUACGAAGAUACUAUACUUAA